CUCCUCCCGGCCAGUGAGAGCUUCUAGCCCGCACAGUCGAACAAAGUUCGUCGAGCUCGCAGUUUCCUUACGAUUUUCGGUUUACGCUGAAAAUCAAACAUUUGGAAAAAUCUAUCCCCGUACGAUGCCACCACAGCCAGGAAUGUUCGCCCUACCAUAUGCAUCAACCCACAAGCCCCCUCAGGGUCCUAAUCCUCAUUAUCAUAACGCUCAUCCAAUUGCUGGUCCAUCCCGCGUGCAGGACGAUCCAAAACGAGAGAAAAAGAGAAAGGAUAUAUCAGGCAAAGUAGGAAAAGAGAUGUUAGACCGCAGAGACGAAGGACGACACUUCACUGAAAAUAUCUCUGCACUCCACAGCGCCGCAAUGCAGCUCGCUUCUCGUCCAGAAACUCAUCCUCUUUAUAACCUCCGCUUGUAUCCCAUUUCUCUCGAGCGCUCCGCCUUGCUCGCCCAGCAUGCCACCGCCUACGAGGAGGAACGUGAAAGAGUCGAGGAAGAAUGGCGCAAGGGCCGACGGCGUGCAAGAGAGGAAAAAGAAGGCGAGGGAACCGUAAACGACGCAACGCUAGAUGCCCAAUCUCGGUCCCAUAUCACUCGGAAAUUGCGAAAUAAAGUCGGCACUUCUCCCCCUCCAACACCCCUCGCACUUCGAGGAGAGAACCUUGUCAAUGGUUCGCUUGGAAGCAACACACCCAUUACAACCGGCCCUUUCACCAACCCCCACUCCCUCUCCGUCGAUGAGCUACCUUCGCCUUUCCCUUUCCCCCUCACGGCCGUCACCCUCACUAAUCCCUCUUCGGGUGCCGGUGGCAACUCCGGCGCCAAUGGCUCGAGGCGUCGUGCCAAAGGCGCAGGGCUUCACUCAAGCAUGGUCGGCGUUGGCGGCUUAGGCAAGAGCAUAGCAAUGCUAGGCCCCAGCAAAGAAGCAGACAUAGAGGCAGAUUUGAUGGAAAUUCGGAGGGGCAGCAAACGGCGUAGAGCAGCAGGCC